CGUCACCACUCAUUCUCCGCCUCAUCCCUUGUCGGAUCUUUUCGAUGCUAUCAACCACCAUGGACGUGGUUCUUCUUAGCUUCUGAAGCGCAAUUUCGACUGAGUGCCAUCGUCCCCAGAUACACGAGGAUGGACCUGCCUUUCUGGGAUGCCCCGCAACACGCCGGCUGCGGGAUCGGAAUGACAUCGACGCACGAUAAGACGCGGUUUACAUAAUUGUCCGCCCUACACGCCAGCCCACAUGUACAUCAGUCCGAUGGUCCUUUGCUACAAUCUUUGCGAUUGUGCUACACAGACAUCAUGCGGUGGAAUUGGAUAGCCGUUGCUGCAAGUGCAGCUUGCGUCUCUUCACAUGCAACUCAUCAUGUCGACGAACAAGCUUUCUCCCAGGAACGCUUAGAUGAGCUGGAGAGGAAAUGGGGUACAGAUUGGGGGUUCUCUGGUAUCUCGACCUUCGCCCACCUACCGCACACGCGCUGCUUGACGCACCCAGAGACGACAUACGAUAUCGCCAUCCUUGGUGCUCCCUUCGAUACCGCCGUGUCUUACCGACCUGGAGCUCGAUUUGGACCACGUGCAAUCCGCGCAGGUUCAAGCCGUCAGACAUCCUUCCGUGGUUUCAAUCCCCGCGCGAACUUGAACCCCUACACGUCAUGGGCCAAGAUUGUAGACUGUGGAGAUAUACCAAUCACACCUUUCGACAAUACUCUGGCAUUGAAACAGAUGAGUGAGGCUUUUCUUGAGCUUGGAAGAAGGCCUGCGACCGAGAAGAGCACAGAGAGCGGUGUGCAAUAUCUUAAGAAGCCGAAACUGCUCACGUUGGGUGGGGAUCACAGCAUCGCACUCCCAGCCCUGAGGGCUCUCAAGGACGUGUAUGGGCAGCCAAUUGCCGUAGUACACUUUGACGCUCACCUGGACACAUGGCACCCCGCGAAAUACCCAUCUGCUUGGAUCGACCAAGAAGACCCCUCUACCCAGUCUUUCUUCAACCACGGCAGUAUGUUCUGGAUCGCAUCAACAGAGGGCCUGAUUGCAAACGACUCGAGUGUACAUGCAGGACUAAGGACAAGGCUUUCGGGUGACGAGCCAGAGGACUAUACCGACGACUCACAGCAAGGCUGGAUUCGCAUUGCAACAGAUGACAUCGAUGAGAUCGGAGUCAAGGGAGUGAUCACUUCGAUCAUGAAUCGCGUGGGGACCGAGAUGCCAGUCUACCUAAGUAUCGAUAUCGAUGUGAUCGACCCUGGGCUAGCACCAGGCACCGGGACGCCAGAACCGGGUGGUUGGACUACGCGUGAACUCAUUCGCAUUCUGCGAGGUAUUGAAGGCAUGAACGUAAUUGGUGCCGACAUAGUUGAAGUCAGCCCAGCAUACGAUGGUUCAGCAGAAACCACAGGAAUGGCAGCCGCACAAGUCGCUUACGAGGUGCUCACGAGCAUGGUACGGAGGGGCCUUAUUGAUCAAGCACGAACAAAGGCGACGGCGCACGAGGGAAAAGAUGAGGACAAGAAUGAGAACAAGGAUGAGCUCUAAGCUUGAAUAUACUUCCACGAAGCUCAAUCCGUCACAAUUAUGGUCACCCACCGCAUCAAUGAAGUCAAAGCGAUUGUAAUUUGAAAUAUUGUGCAUUGUAAUAUUUACGAAGAAGUC